AUGGGCACCAAUUUACCGAAUUUACCACUCGAGUUGUGGUCAAAGAUUUUGGACUAUGUGGCAAAUGCUGAGGAUUCGACACUUUCCGAUCUGUUGGCAGCGACAACAAUUCGACCUGGGCAAUUGUAUUUUCAGUUGAAAUCGCUUGAGUUACAAGGCACUGAAAGCGAUUCGAUCGUUCGAAUUGGACUCAAUGGGCGCGAGUUGAUGAAAGUCCAUGAGACAGAGUUGGCUCUGGCUCACCGAAUCCUGGAACCCUUCUUGCAUGAGGUGCGUGCGUUGACGAUCACCAAGUUGAGACAGACUCAAACUUGGUUGAAUGCUUUACCCUGGUUGAAUGAGAUGAUCGAGGUGGAAACAAUGACCGUGGGUGACUCGGAUGUCACUGAUCUUUUGCUCAAUAUUAUCUCAACUUCAUCCACCAAGAAUAUCUCUUUUCUCCGAUGUUCAACUGGUUUCUCAAACACAGAACAAACGUGGCUUCCCAAGAAUCUGACCCUUCACGGCUGUUCUCCAUUCUUUGUGAGUCGAAUGGCUGAGCGUUCAAUCUUGCCACCAACGAAUCUCAAGAAAUUCGAGUCUCAUCUGAGUUACGAUGAUUGGAAACGUACACAAAAUUGGGUGCCCGGUCUUGCUGAAGGUGAUUGUUGGAAGCGCUUGAGUCAAAUCGUGACAUUGAACAAUGAGGUUUCCGUUUGUUUCCAAGUCACAUCGCCCACUCCAUCGUUGGCAUUGAUAUUGCAAGGAUUAGGCAAUUGCGAUUUGAUCACAGUUGAUGAAUAUAUGGCUGCCUACGAUAGAUUGUUCGACUCGCCGAUUGCCACGCUUACUUAUCGAAAGAUUUUCAAUUGGCGUCGACUUUUUGUGAAUGGGGAAACGUGUAAAUUGAAUCCAAAUGACACUCAUGCUCUCUAUGAAACGUUUUUAUCAAAUUUACGCACUUCACCACGAUGUCGUAGACGCUAUAGAGCUUCGGAGUCUCAACUCGUCCAACCGGAGAAUCCAAAAACUGCACAGAUGAUCACCAUCGUGCAGAACUAUCGAUGGUUGUUUGCU